CUUUCUAUAUAUUUACCGAUUACUGUUUUCCCUUGUAUAGCGUGAUCUGGCGGAGAUGGUCCACGUCCGGAGAUCUAGCCGUGACUCCAUAAUUGGGUCCGCUGCACGCAGUUCACAAAUGGCGUACAUGGAGGAUCGUCGGGAUGUCACUCUUCCACCGCCUGAGCCAGCAGUCCCGGCAUUUGUACUGCCUCCUCUCCCUCCUUUGACGGUUGACUUGGAUUCCAUUCACGGUCGUCGUAGACAACGGCCUACACCACGCCAGCCUCGCCAGCGGCCAGAUCAGCCUAUACCGCCCCCUGUGUACUAUCAUUACGAUGCAGGAGAGAGUUCGCAGACGCGACAGAACUAUUGCGGGCCUACUCAGUUUCAGGGUGACGGUUCACAGUUUCAGCAGCACUCGCAGGUCCCUCCGACCUCAUCGUUUCCGGUACCACCGUCAUCCGGGCCGUUCUUUUACUCCUCUGAACAGAUGCCGUAUACCACUCCUCUGACAGAGCCGGCUCAGUAUCGACAGGCUACACCACCCCCAUUUCAGGCACCCCAGCAUGGUCAACCUUCUACCCCCUCUGAUCAGGGUUACCGGCCCGUGUUUUCUUGGCUCGAUCAACCGUCAGCGUCACAUUCGCGUCCCUCCCCUUCCACCCCGGUCGCGAAUCCGUCGCAGAUGUUUUUUUCGAUAUCAGAGGCUUGGUUGAACAGUCCAGGUCUCGGGGAGGGGGGCUCUUUCGAGGCGUUACAGUCCGGUAGUAUUCAGUUUUCGGGUCCGUCCUUCAGCCUCCUUCCGCAGUCACAGGAGGCACCGACUACUGCACCGGCUGCAGAUGAUCAGGAGCUAUCCCUAGACGAUGAUCACGAGAGCGAGGGCGCGCCAGGUGACAGACCGGGUGAUAGACAGUAUCGCGAUCUUACUGAGAGCAGUCUGCGCCGCAGGCAAGAUAUGGGGUACGAUAUGAGGACUCAACUGGAGAAGAACACUAGAUAUCGAGAUUAUUUAUGAUUUUGUUGUUUUUAGUAAAACACUAUCAACUUUGUAAUCCUAUUUUAUUUUAUCGACUUUGUAAUUAUAUUAUUUGUGCAAUUUAUAAUUUUUACUUUAUUUUA